AUGGCGGCUCCCGGACCGUGGACGCCGCUGACCGCGCCGCCUGCCAGCAGCAGCAGCAGCGGCGGCCCCUCCCAGCUGCGGCCCUACCUGCUGCUGGGUAGCCUAGAGGAUGCCCUGGACAUCACCGCCCUGCGGCGUGCCGGCGUCACCCACAUUGUCAACGCCACCGCCGAGCACGCGCCUGCGUUCCCGGGUGCCUUCGAGCACCUGCGAGUGGCGGUGCGGGACGCGCCGGGCGAGCGCCUCGGGCCGCACUGGCGCCGCGUGGACGACUUUAUCCGGCGCGCCCGUGACGCAGGUGGCGCAGCCGGCGGUGACGGCGGCUGCCGGCGCCAGGGUGGCCAGGGCGUCAGGGACGCCGGAAGUGACUGUAGUGUUGGCGGCCGUGGCGUUGUGCUGCUGCACUGCGAGCAGGGCGUCUCCCGCAGCGUGUCGCUGGCGGUGGCGCACCUCAUGCUCGCAGAGCACCUGACCCUGGCGCAGGCCCUUGCGGCGGUCAGAAGCGUGCGUCCGCAGGCGGACCCGAACCCGGGGUUCAUGCGGGAGCUGCGGGCCCUGGAUGCGCAGCUGCAGAGCGAGCGCGACCGCAACGGCGACGGCAGCGACUCCGGCGCUCAUCUUCGGUCACAGCAUGGUGUCGCCGGCGAGGCGGCGACCAGAGAAGCGGCGGGGCGGGCGGCGGGCGUCCCCUCACAGGCUGACGGUGGGUGGGGGGUCGCCGGCGACAGCCAGGCUGGAGCGCUUGGUGAGCGGGAGGGAGGCGCGCACGACUUUGCCGAGGAGGCAGCUCUCGCAGUCGCCGGCGCUGCCGCCGGCUGCCCGCCGGAUAAGGCGCGGCUGGCUGCCGCCGCGACACUGCUCAUGAGCUUGCCUGCUGCGGCGCGGCGGGCGGCGGUCGCGUCGGCGGUGAGGCAAGCGUUUGAGGACUUUGGCUCCGCGACAAAGGAGCGGGACGCCGCGGCGCACGCGGCACUGGCUGACGUGCUGGCGGCAGUGGCGCAAUGCAGCGGGGACCGCAGAUCUGGCCAAGCUUCUCAUAGCGGGCAGCAGCAGGGUGGUGUACCCGCCUUUCAGAAGGAGGAGGGCGCAGCCAUUGUGGCCGCAGCCCUGCUGGAUGUGGAGGCUGGGGAGGCGUGGCAGGAGCUGCUGCUGGACGUCCCGAUGGCUGCACAGCUGCUGGCGCGGCUGAGGCAUCGCCUUGCGCCGCCGCCGGACGCCACAUGCAUCAACGGCGCUGCAUGA